AUGGUUUGCCCUGUUAUUAGAAAACGAAUCGCCAAUACUGGAAACCUUCACGAAUCUGCAGCUUUUAUUGCCCAAUUUAGAAAUGGACUCUGGAAUGAUAUAAAGGAUUUGCUUCUUACCGUUGAAGACCCUACCUCCCUAAAUAAUGCCAUUACAAAAGCAGUUAGAUGUGAUAAUCGUUCAACAGCCUCUAUCGGAGUGCCCAUGCAAAUAGACACUAUAAGAUUCAAGCCACUGUCUGAGGAGGAGAAGAAACGACAUCGCACCAACAACCUUUGUCUUUACUGUGGUAAACUGGGACACAUCAUUAGGAACUGUUCCAAAAAAAAUAAUGCACCGCCCAGAAUUGGUGCUUUAGUUGUUACAGAUGAAUUGUCGGGAAAAGAAGUGACCCAGUCGCAGUAG